AUGCAGGUUGGUGCAAAUGUCAAGGGAUUUACAGAGACCGAAGCUGCAUGCUGUGGUAUUGGGAAGCUUAACACCAUCGCUGCUUGCCUGCCGGUUUCAUCUUUGUGCUCCAACAGAAGGGACUAUUUCUUCUGGGACCGAUUUCAUCCUACAGAGGCACCUCAUGGUAACUUGGUGGACAAACUUUUCAGUGGUCCUUCAGAAUACACAUUCCCAACGAAUGUGAAGGAGUUAAUUGCUCUAUCAAAGCUCAAGGAAGCAGACUCCUAA